UCUCUUUCAAACACACACACUGAUAAGCAGCAAAUGAGGAAAAACCACAGGACUACAUACUUCUGUAGUUAUCUUCAAAAGCAGUACAACUGGGAUACAUAAAAAUAAUGAAAAGCCAAUUAAUCGGAUUUCUUAUGAGCCUUUGCAUUUCUUUUUCACUUGCUUUGUAUUUUCAUAGUGGAGAAAGAGAAGAGAAAUGUGUAAUUGAAGAUGUUCCCAGUGACACGCUGGUAACUGGGAAUUACAAAGUACAGAAGUGGGAUAUGCAUAAACAAGACUUUCUUGACUCUGCUCCUGGCUUAGGAAUGUUUGUGACUGUUACAACUCCUACUGCUGAGGUAAUUUUGUCAAAACUUUAUGGGCCAACAGCAACAUUUUCAUUCACAUCCUAUCUAUCUGGGGAGCAUGUUAUCUGUUUACAAUCAAACUCCACAAGACUUGUGGCAUUUGCAGGAAGUAAACUGCGUAUCCAUUUGGACAUUAGAGUUGGAGAACAUUUCCUGGAUGAAGCUGUUAUUCAAGCCAAAGACAAAGUGAAUAAAGUUAAUGUUCGAAUAGAACAUCUCCUUGAGCAAAUUCAUCACAUAUCCAAAGAGCAAAACUAUGAAAGAGAACGUGAAGAAAAAUUUCGGAAGACAAGUGAACAAACCAACAGAAAUAUAUUGUGGUGGGCUGUUGUACAAACAUUAAUCCUUGUCUCUAUCGGAAUCUGGCAGAUCAAAUCUCUCAGAGAUUUCUUUAUAGCUAAGAAGCUUGUUUAAGUCUUACAAAGAUUCAAAAUUUCCUUGCUAUCUAAUGCCUAAAAUCCAAAGAAACCCUGUUAUCUUUGAGAAAAUACACCGUAUAAAACUCUCAAGCUUGGCUCAUCUUCUACUAGAGUUCUUACUCUAACUCUCUUUUCUCCAUUUAUAUGUAUCUGGCCUUAAGUUUUAAUCCUUGAAUCUCACCUUCUAUCAAUUUCUUUUCCUCUACAGAUGUGAAGCUAAAUCUAAAAGAAAGACUAAAUGUCUAAGGCAGUGUUCAAGCUCAAUUCAGGAUUGUUAAAUUUAAAAGAGAAAUCUAAAUAAGAUAUUUCCAAAUACUUUAAAAUUCUCUACUUGUUUAGUAAUAUUGUUCUUUACUGUCUUGAACAGGUCAGUGUUUCAGCUCUGACUGACUUAGUAGGAAGACAAACGAUUAUAUUUCUUGUGGUGAGAGCAUCUUGAACUGAACACAAUACCAACUUUUCCUCAGGUGUAAUUGUAAUUAUUUUUCUUUAAAGUAUUGAAAGAUUUACAUGACAGUGGGACCUAUUGUGAUCAAUUAGCAUGGAAGAGGGAGAUCCAUACAAACUGUUUGGAAUUGCUCUUCAUUUUUGCUCCUAAAUAAGCCCUAUACAUUAGGCUACAGAGUUGAGAUCUGACCUUUCCCACAGUUUAUGUUUAGCCUUUAUGAAGAGUGACAACAUAGACUAAGUUAUAGGUUUCUUGGCAAACACUGAAAUUUUGCCUAUAUAUUUUCUUUUAAGGUAUUCUUACGCUAAAUUCUGCAUUCUGAUGCUGUAUUGAUGAUUGUUUAAUUUUAAUUAUUCAAUAUCUGUAACAUGACUGUCUAAUGAACUUAGCAGUAUUACCAUUUCACUUACUGCAGCUUGGUUGAAUACAUCUGUAUGCCUCGAUUUAGAUUAGUUUCUGUACAACCACCUGAGUAACUACAGUAUCAUGCAAUCGUGAGUCAAAAGCUGUGGUUUAAAAUUCAAAUAAUUAGCUUGACAAAGCAGCAUUAGUGUAAGAACAGGAGGAGAUGGCAUGAUCCAGUUCCCCACCUGUUUAACAUGUAAAGAAGGCUUUCUGAAGAGCACUCUGAGAGAAGAGUGCUCUAUUUUGUCUUCCUGCUCUUUUUUUUGCUUUUCUAGUCUAAAAGUUGCAAGCUGAAAUACCUCUUGAGAAAUUCUAAAGGCAAUGCCUUCUUUCUUUUACCUAUGUUCCUUCUCACCUUUUGUUUUCAUUACCAAGGAAUGACCUUGUCCUUUAAGUAGGUUUACUUUCGCAGUAUGAAAAUGUAUGUGAGAAUCUCCAUCGUUACAAAGUAGAGAUAAAAAACAGUGCUCUACA